GUUUCGUCUUUCAUCGUUUGACGAAACGUUUCGUCCUUCGCCGAUUUUAGCUUCAUUUUUUUUCAUCAUGCAAAAAUGUCUUCGUCUAAGAACAUUAUACUCAACACGUCCUUAUAUCGCCAGUAAUCCACUUUUAUUCAGCCUUAAUCAACGUUAUCCCUCCCAUGUUCGACGGCAGGAGUUGUUCGCGUUGAAAGAUCUUCAAGCAAGGUCGUUUGCAUUUUCCACUAUUCCUAGAUUCAUUUUACAUGCCAUGCGAAUUCCUGUUGCCGGUGUAACUGUUGGCGUUGGUGGUUUGACUUAUGCUAAUUACAAACUUAAUGCUAUGGCAAGUAAGAGUUCUGAUUUAUUGUCAUCUAUUUCCGAUGGGGUUAAAUCUGUUUUUGGAACUGUCACCGAUGGAUUAUCAAAAUUCGAUGUCGAAUUACAAGUACCUAAAUUUUUAGCAGAUAUUUUUCCCACAAACUCAAGAUCAUCAUUAUCGCCAUCAUCAAAUCAAAUAGAUUCUGAUAAACCUAGUGGCGAGAAAGAUGAUGACGAAGACGACGAUGAUGGAAAGUCACUUAGAAAAAAGUCUGGCGUGGCACGGGAUGAUCAAUUCAUGAAUCUCACCAAAAAGUUGAUUGAGGUUCGGAAUAUAUUGACGAGCAUUGAUCAUGAGGAAGGGCUUAAAUUACCUAGUAUUGUGGUCAUUGGAAGUCAGAGCUCUGGUAAAAGUUCCGUGCUCGAAGCUAUCGUUGGACAUGAAUUUUUGCCAAAAGGAUCCAAUAUGGUAACUCGAAGGCCGAUUGAACUUACAUUGAUACACACACCUAAAUCCAAAGAAGAAUAUGGUGAAUUCCCUCAGUUAGGUUUAGGAAAAAUACAUGAUUUUUCCCACAUUCAACAAACUCUACGUGACCUCAAUCUUGCUGUGCCCGAAUCUGAAUGCGUAUCUAACAAACCAAUUGAACUUCGAAUUUAUUCAUCAAAUGUUCCUGAUUUGACAUUAAUCGAUUUGCCUGGUUAUAUCCAAAUCAGCAACAAAAAUCAACCAGAAACUUUAAAAGACAAAAUAGUAGAGUUAUGUGAACAAUAUAUUAGAGAACCAAAUAUCAUAUUGGCUGUGUGUGCGGCAGAUGUAGAUUUGGCAAAUUCCGAGGCAUUAAAAGCUGGUCGCAAAGUUGAUCCGUUGGGUUUGCGAACCCUUGGUGUAAUAACUAAAAUGGAUCUAGUGGAACCUGAAAUCGGUGCUGCGAUUUUGCGAAAUACUGAUUAUCCUUUACAUUUGGGCUAUAUUGGUGUUGUCUGUAAACCUCCUGCAAGCAUUAAAAACAAAAAGAAUAUUACUUCUGCUUUGAUUCGUCACGAGGAUCAAUUUUUCCGAAGUAAUUAUGUGUACAGUCAACGUGGCAUCCAAGUUGGCAUUGGUACUUUACGAAAGAAAUUGAUGGAGGUACUCGAGGAAGGCAUGGCAAAAUCCUUGUUUUCUAUCGUUGGAGCAGUACAAAAAGAAUUAGAAGAGUCCCGCUAUCAAUUCAAAGUGCAAUAUAAUGAUAGACGGAUUACGGCAGAAUCAUAUGUUGCUGAAACCAUUGACAGCAUUAAACAUAAUUUUAAAAAUUUUGCACAUUCUUUUGGAAAACCCCAAGUAAGGCAUGAGGUUCGAUCAAUGUUGGAACAAAAGGUUAUGGAUCUUUGUGCUGAAUUAUAUUGGACUGAUAAUAACAUCGUCGAUUUACCAAAAGCAUCUAUUGAUGAACUUUAUUGGAAGUAUAAACUUGACAUGAGUUCAGCAGCUCUCACAAAAAGUGGAAUUGGACGAACUAGUACUCAACUAGUAGUUGGUGUAUUAAUGGCAAAUAUGGAAAAAAUAGCAUUAAUGGAACCGUUAAAUAAUCAUCCUGAAAUAAGCA